AUGAUCCAAGUCCUCGAUGUUACGAGCGACUGCAACUAUUAUUCGGAUUGCAUCAGCGCGGAAUCGAAAUCAUUGGAGAUCCAAGCGGAAAGCAACACUGUCCGCACUCUUCGUAUUCCACCCGCUGUGGAGACUCGUCAGUUCGGAUGCAUUGAUGAGCUGAAAGGAGAAGAGUUUAUGAGCGCGUGGGCCGAUUGCUAUCGUCGUCACUUUCAUCUCUGGUCCAUUGGCAUACGACGUAGCGACAUCAGUCUGCGCAAUUUGAUGUACGAUCGUGCCACCAAGCGCGGCAUAUUGAGCGACCUUGAUCUCAACGUCGCGCGUUCUCCAGGAUCCUUGACGCCGUGCGGCAAGAAUCGUACCGUGACUGUCCCGUUUAUGGCACUGGAUUUGCUAACCCAAGAUUAUUACUCUGAGAAAAUCACUCACCUUUAUCGCCACGAUGUGGAGUCGUUCAUCUGGGUCCUUCCUUAUGUUCUGCUACGUGACACGAACCCGGCAGUCGUGGACUCAUGGAACACUGGGAGAUUUUAUCUAUGCGAGUUCGGAAAGGAGAUGUUUUUGAGAAACCUUCACUGGUAUCAGGAGGCGAGGCCUCCCAAUGAUCAUCCAUGGACGGUGGGGUAUGCCCUCGUCAAAUGGUUGUGUGACAAGCGCCGGAGCAGCACCGAUGCUCGACUUGUUGACAAUAGCGACUCGGUGUACGACCUGUGGAAUGAUCCAUCGAUGGAUGCGGCUCGCAAGAUCUUCCACGAAGUCGAAGAUCUCCUUUGA